AUGUGGAAGCCGUCGGAGCGCUUGAUGGAAACCAUCAGGCACUAUGCCAACUUCCCCGCAACCGGUGUCUCGCUGAGGCAGAUGGUCCAGUUUGGGGAUCGCCCUUCAACUGGCACUCUUUUCCGCGCAUCGCAAUUCCUCUCCGAGGAGCUCCCCAUCCGCCUUGCGCACCGCGUGCAGGAUCUGGGCGAGUUGCCUGAUGGACUGAGCGAAAUGCCCUCGAUAAAGAAAGUCCAAGACUGGUAUGCACAGUCAUUCGAGGAAAUCAUCAACCUCCCUCGUCCCUCUCUGACUCAGGAAGUCAAAACCCGUCUGCUCAGACCCGGCCGCAUGAAUGGCCGCCCUUCGAAAAUACUCUCCGAGGUCACCCAAAACCCCAGCGUUCGCGAGGGUCAAUACCGGUCUUCGCCCUUCUCCAACGGCAACGGCAACGGAAAAGCCGCGAGCGCCGCUGCGGGACGUCGGUACUUCGUUCCUGCAGACGACCACGGCGAAUGGCCGCCUGAAUUAAACGAUUACAACCAACGCUUUGCCAAGACUUUGCAGCACAUCAAACGCCGCCACGAUAGUGUCGUGACCACCGUCGCCCAGGGUAUUCUGGAAUGGAAACGGGUCCGCCAACGCAUGCAAAUCGACUCUACGAUCCAGUCCUUCUUAGAUCGCUUUUACAUGUCGCGGAUAGGCAUACGAAUGUUGAUCGGUCAACAUAUCGCGCUCACGGAACAAACCUACGUCAAACAUCCGAAUUAUGUGGGUAUUAUCUGCACCAAGACCAAUGUGCGUGAUAUUGCCCUCGAGGCUAUCGACAACGCUCGUUUCGUCUGUGAGGACUACUACGGUCUCUUCGAAGCUCCCAAGGUCCAGCUUGUUUGCCGCGAUGAUUUGAACUUCAUGUAUGUGCCCGGACACUUAGCACAUAUGCUGUUUGAGACUCUCAAGAACUCGCUCCGUGCAGUCGUCGAACAGCACGGCGCCGACCGGGAGGAUUUCCCCGUCACCAAGGUCAUUGUCGCUGAGGGCAAGGAAGACAUCACAAUCAAGGUCUCAGAUGAGGGCGGUGGUAUCCCCCGCAAACCCCCCAACCUCGACCCAGACUUCGACAAGAGUGAUUUCAAGGCCCCAAUGGCUGGCUUUGGUUACGGCCUUCCAAUCAGUCGGCUGUAUGCACGCUACUUUGGUGGUGAUCUGAAGCUGAUCAGUAUGGAGGGAGACGGCCGGGUCCGGAUCACGACCUCGCAUCGCCUGCAUCCGUACGGUGAACCGGAUAACCAACCCGCACCAUCUCGAGGACUGACGCUCAUGAAUGUCCAGGCGCACCACUCGCGCAUGCGCGGCCGAGAGGUCUCGAUGCGCAAGCAGGUCGGAGACGCAGAAAGCCUCGUCCACACGGAGCCGCGGCGGAAAGAGGAAGAGGAAAUGUAA